AAAUUGGCAGUACUUAAACUCAAUGGUGGACUUGGAACAACAAUGGGUUAUGUUGGUCCUAAAAGUGUUAUCGAAGUAAGAGAUAACAUGACAUUUUUAGAUUUAAGUGUUAGACAAAUUGAGUACCUUAAUAGCAAAUAUGAUGUUAAUGUUCCAUUCAUACUUAUGAAUUCUUUUAACACUGAUGGUGAAACUCAACAAAAUUCAAAAAUAUGGAAAUCUCCUAACAGUGAUAUAAGAAUAUUGGAUCAAUUAAUUGCAGAAGGAAAAGAGUACAUUUUUGUUUCCAAUGUUGACAAUUUGGGAACAGUGGCAAAUUUGGAAAUUCUUCAAUAUCUUGUAGAUUCAGAAGUCGAAUUUUUAAUGGAAGUCACAGACAAAACAAAAGCUGAUAUCAAAGGUGGUACACUGAUAGAUUAUGAGGGCAAAUUUAGAUUGUUGGAGAUAGCACAAGUACCAGCUAAACACAUGGAAGAAUUUAAAUCCAUCAAGAAAUUCAGAAUUUUCAAUACAAAUAAUCUAUGGAUUAAUUUGAAAGCAAUCAAGUGGAUCACCAAGGAAAAAGGAUUGGGUUUGGAGGUUAUUAGCAACAAGAAAACUUUGGAUUCUGAUGAAAAGGUCAUACAAUUGAAAACAGCUCUUGCAAUGAAUCCAAAAUGUUUGUUCCAAACUGUUCCAUUGGUGAAAUUAGGUGAUGGAUUCAAAAAGGUGUCAAAUUUUUUAGCACGAUUUCAAUCACUGCCACAUAUCCUUGAACUUGAUCAUUUAACAGUAACAGGCGAUGUUACAUUUGGAUCCAAUGUGAAACUUAAAGGAACUGUAAUUAUCUUUGCUAAUCAUGGUGCACAUAUUGAUAUUCCAUCUAAUGCUGUAUUAGAAAAUAAAGUAGUUUCAGGAAAUUUGAGAAUUUUAGAUCUUUAA